UCGAGUGUUUGAGCGCGAAGUGAGUCGUUGGGUUCGUCAUGGAGGAGGAGCUUCGAUGUCCGGCGUGCAAACAGUUGUUCAUGAACCCGGUGCUGAUGCCGUGCUACCACGCGUUGUGCAUCGGAUGCGCCGUCUCGCUGCAGCAGCCGGCGUGCCAGCACGCGCAGCAACAGGUGGCGGCCGCCGUCGCCGCCAACCACCCCCAGCCGCAGCCCCCGGGGGCGGCCGCCGGCCUGCCGGGGGCGGUCGUGCCGACCGCCUCGAGCAGCAGCAGCAGCGACACGGCCAGCGACUCGGCCGUCGGCGAGCACGACUACCCCGACGUCGACAAGCUGUCCAUCCUCAGCGAGACCGACUCGGGGGUGGUGUGCACCAGCCGCCCCAACAGCUACGUCGGCACCCCAAACCUGCAGGGCGUGCUGCUCUUCCCGCCGCACGCGGCCGCCCUCUCGCUCACGUGUCCCGUCUGCCACAAGGUGGUGUACUUUGACGAAAACGGAGCCAACAACCUGCCCAAGUACCGUGCGAUGAACAACAUCGUGGAAAAGUACUCUGACUCGAAGCGGCUGCAGAUGAAGUUCACGCAGCGCGUGCCGUGCCAGCUGUGCGCGGAGGAGCCGCCGCGGCAGGCGACCGUCAAGUGCGAACAGUGCGACGUGUGGUACUGCGACCCGUGCCGCGAGAGCUGCCACCCGGCCCGCGGGCCGCUCGCCAAGCACGCGCUGCUGGACGUGCGCGGCCCGCCAAAGGGCAGCCCGGCGCGGCCCACGCCGGCCCUCGACGCGUCGCGCUGCGCCGAGCACGCAGACGAGCCGCUCAGCCUCUACUGCAUGCUCUGCAAGGUGGCCGCCUGCCCCCAGUGCGUCCUACAGGACUCGAAACACGCCAGCCACGACGUCCAGGCCAUCACAGCCAUGUGCAAGGCCCAAAAGACCGAGUUGUCACAGAACCUGCAGCAGCUGUCGGAAAAGGCCAAAUGCACAACCGAGUUCAUCCACAGGCUAAAAGGGUUGACAGACAAAGUGACAGAAAACAGCACAGCGUUUGAGGGUGCGGUGGAGACGCAGUGUCUGCAGCUGGUGGCGGCGCUGGAGGCUCGCAAGGCCCAGUUGCUGGACUUCGUGCGGCAGGAGCGAGAGAUGCGGCUGCGUGCCCUCAGGGAGCAGAUGACCCUGUGCACCGCCAGGUUGCAGCAAACCACCGCCCUGCUCCAGUUCUGCAUCGAGGCGCUCAAGGAGACAGACUCUGUCAGCUUCCUACAGAUUGGUUCGAUGCUGAUUGCCCGUGCAGCGAAUGCAGACCUGACGUGGCACAAGGACUUCAGCAGUGCGCCGCGCGUCUCGCCCGAGUUCGACCUGACGCUGGACGACAAGGCAGUUUUACGCGCGGUCGAGCAGCUCAAUUUCAUCCAAAUGAAGCCUGCCAAGGAAGGGGAAGAGCGACAGCCGGCAGCGCCCGCGGCGCCGACCAUCAUUCCCGAGGAGUGCAGCGCCGAGAACAACAGCGUCACCGUGGCCUGGCAGCCGCCGCCCACGUCCUACGUCGAAGGCUACGUUCUCGAGCUGGAUGACGGCUGCGGAGGAGACUUCAGAGAGGUGUACUGCGGGAAGGAAACGAUCUGCACCGUUGACGGGCUGCACUUCCACUCGCUCUACAACGCCAGGGUGCGCGCGUUCAACAGCACCGGCGAAGGUCCCUACAGCGAGUGCAUCGGUUUGCAGACGGCAGAAGUGGCCUGGUUCACCUUCGACCCGAACACAGCUCCCCCCGAGUUGAGGUUUACCGAUGACAACUGUACGGUGACCGGCGACGGCUACGAGCACCGCGUGGCCCUCGGCUCGGUCGGUUUCUCGCGGGGUGUCCACUACUGGGAGUACACCAUCAACCGGUACGACGCGGACGCCGACCCCAGCUUUGGCGUCGCGAGGAUAGACGUCAACAGAGAGCAAAUGCUUGGCAAAGACGACAAAGGGUGGAGCAUGUACAUCGACAGGCAGCGCUCGUGGUUCAUGCACGGAAGUGUCCACGACCAAAGAUGUGACGGCGGCAUCGCGGUCGGCUCAACAAUCGGAGUCCUUCUUGAUCUGGAAAGGCGGCAAAUCAGCUUCUACGUCAAUGACGAGCCACAGGGUCCGAUCGCGUUCAAGGAUUUGUUCGGCGUGUUCUACCCGGCGAUCAGCGUAAACCGCGGCGUGACGGUGACGCUGCACACGGCGCUGGACCCUCCUUCCGACUUCGAGGAGAGCUGAAGACGAACCAAGCCUGCGGCCGAUCCGCAGGCCAUGCAGAUCAUCACGACGGCCGCCGAGGUGCACCCGACGCCGCCAUCGCCGCCGAACAAUUCAGCAACAACCGAGGAUCUUGUUUAGCAAAAUGAAAUCUGGUCAAAAACUGUAAGAGAGCGGGGCAAGGGUUUGUACAUAGAUAUUAGUCGGUUAAUUCCACGAGGUAAAUUGUAUCGAGAAGAGUAUUGAAAUCGAGAAUAUUGUACAUUCAUGUAUUUUCCCUGCGGUAGCUUUUUUAUUCUCGGCAUUAUUUCUCAUCUCGCAACAUGGAUGUUAUUUAAUGUUUAAGUGUAGUUUUCCAAUUACUGUCGGCAUCAGUUUGAACAUUUUUGUACCUCCCCAUAUCAAAAAAGCAGCAGAAAAGCAACGACGUGCUCAAAAGCAGAGCUUAAUCCCUUGCGUUCGUUCAUUUUUUUUUUCGUUUUUCAAGGAGGUGCAUCGAUUCAAAAUGACUGGAAAGGAAAGGCUUGCGGCAAAGCAAUAAAAAUGUUCGUUUUGCUUCAUGCGCAGUCGCAUUUAAUAAAAUAUGUAUAAUAGAAAAAUAGACUGAAUAUUACACCCAUUGGAAAUCUCUUCAUUGCUUGGAUUCUCGUUUAAAGGAUGAAAUAAAGAAAAUCUCGCUCAAAACCCUCACGAGCUCCACCACUGCCUCGAAGUUAAAUUUUUAGUGAAUUCGCCAGUUGUGUAAGCCACCAGCAGAUGGCGCCAGUGGUUUGUUUAGAAUUUAAUGAAUUUGCGCUGUGAUUUAAGAAUUGAAUCCUGCUGCUGUGCAUUAUGCUUCUAGAAUAAUUUCUUUAGACGUUCUGAAAACAAAAAUCAGUCCAGCGUAGAAACGUCGGAAAAGAUUAUUUAUUUUAAAAAAUAAUUUGUCCACGGCGAUUGGCGUUAACCAAUUUUGGUUUUCAGCACGUCAUAAAAAAAUAUAUUAUGUGGAGAAUGCACACAGCAGCAGGAUUGAGCCUUAAAAUCUAAAGUACAUGGUGGCGCUAUCUGUUGGUGACUUGAAACACUAAGGGAUGAAUUCGAACCCUCUCCUCCUCCCACCACUGCUGUUUCGUUACAUUCUAUACAAUCCAACUUGACUUCAGGGAGCUUUUUAUACAUAAAAACGAAGCUAUCUCCUCAUAGCACAAUUUUUUACGAGUUAGAACCGAAAAUAAAAUACGAUCCAAGCAGCAGCGUACGUUUUAUAUUAAAAGUAUGGAAUAUACAUAAAGACGAUGUAAUAUAAGACAUUUUGAUCCUCUUAAAUAAGUGUUCAUUCACACAAUAAUCGCCUCCAACUUGCAACUCAGCAUGUGAAUGUUUAACCAUCAAGCACACACGUAUUAAAUAGCGGAAUGAAAGAGUUUGCUUUCGGAAUCGCAAUUAUUAUCUCACUAUCAUUUUCAAGGAUUGUUUCUCAUGCUUAGUGUUAUAUCGAGCUACUAUUACAUUGUUUCAUUUGAAAGACAUCAGAUUGUAUGAAAAACUUGUAUAUGAUUAAUAAAAUAAAUGGACCUAAAUACCUAA